AUGUCCUCCGCCCAUUAUGAGGGCGAUUUCUGGGGAAUGCUGAUCAACCCUGAUAAGAGCCCCGCUCCGUUACUCGAACAGCUAUGCCUGGCCAUUGCCCAGAUCAUGACGUCCUUUGACGAAUAUGCCACCUCCGACCUCACGCCCGAACGCCUGGCCACUUUCUACGGCAAAGUCGGCGGCAACUACGAUGUCUUGUUCCUCGAUACCAAAUCCUCCGCCUUGUCGUUUAUCUACCAGCGUCUAGGGUGCUUCCAUAGCAUUCAGCCCUCCACCGACCCGUACAAACCUCCCUCCGUGCCCGCGCUACAACCGAACGGAUUCGUGCGAUGGCAGACAAUUCAGUUACUGCUGGACCCGGAAGAACAUUGCCGAUACUUGCAGAAUGCGGUGGCAUUGUGGGAUAUUGAGCACCCCAAUGGGGGGUAUUUUCCCAAGGAUAUUCCUCGAGACGCCUUUCCGGCCGAGUCAGACCCGGAGAUGGUGAAUUGGCACGAGGAAGUGAGUCGGCGGUUUGAGUUUGAUUACUGGAAAAAGAAUAUCUUUCGCUCGUCCCCGCCUAGCUUUGGCACGUACCACUCCCACUUCAGCCAGAAGGAUACAUCAAGCAAGGACGGCUACAGCCAGGAUCAUCAGGAACGGCAGACUCAUCGACAGCCAACUACAUCGCACCGUCGACACGCCACUACCACCAACAUCCCACCUAUCAACCGUCCUCAGCGACGGCGCAGCGCCGAGAUGCCGUCCGGGGGUCGCCGGGUACAUUCCACAUUUGUGCGACGUCCGGAGGAGUUCCAGCCGGAAUACACCUCCCCUCGCGGACCGUCCCCGCCCACGUGGCCCAAGCCGUCGAGGCGGGGUCGUGAAAGUGCGUCGUCACGUCCAGUCAGUCCCGGGACGAUGUUUGGGAACGAGACGUCGGAUGCGUCGUCCGAGGACUCAGGGCUGGGGGUUAAAGAUCCUCGAGGGAAUCGGUAUAGUUACCACGACAACCUAUCGCCACCGUCAUCUCACGCCCGGCGUCAUUCACACGAAGCAUACGCCCGCCGGCCUCGAAAGGAACUAUCCCCCGAUUCCCAUCGCCGUCACGGACCGCGAGAAACAUACGCCAGUCCUGACUCAGGGCGUUUGUAUGACUCGGACGGAGCACGGCGAGUCCGCUCCGCCAGAGUGUAUCCGGAAGAAUACCAUGCUCCUCACCCGAUGAAUCUGGGAGUUUUCCGGGAACAUGUCUUCGCUGAGGCGGCUCGGGCCUCUCCUGGACCCGAGAUGCCGGUACACCCGCAUGCACAUCACCGCCACGUCAACACGAACUAUCCGUACGUGAUGCGUCCUCAUGCAGAUCUUGACGCAUGCGUGAUGGAAGAACCCCGUCGCGCUAGCUACAGAGGAACCACCCACCCGGCCAGCCCUCCGGAGCGUAUGCGGUUCGCUAGCACGGGUAAUGCGCGCGCGCCUCGAUGGGCGAUGCCAACUGUUAGUAAGCGGAUACCGGUGAUGGCUGAAAUGGACUAUUCUCGGGGGAGACGGACGCCGAUGUAUGAGCGGUGA